GCACAACAAACUUCCCUCCGGCGCUUGACGUGUACGUACCAUCAGGAGAGAGGAUCCCUUAAACUAGUGACAGUGUCGUCAAGUUGAAACGACCAAGGAACACAAACUGAGCAUACGAACAGCGGCACAGCUUCUCUACAGAGCGACAUCGAUCGCCGGCCAUUACAAAACAAAAAUACAAUCACCAGUAGGCGGAGCUUAAAUUUGACGUCACUUUGCACCUGCAAUGUCGUCUGCUUACCCCAGUCGGUACCGGACACGAUGUCCAGAAAAGCACAGAUCGACUUAUCCUCCUCAGACGAUUUAACAAGUUUAUUAAACGCGAUGCCCCCAAAGUCAUCAAGAAAAAGUACUUUGUUUGGCUUGGUACUACACCCUAAAUUUACUUGAAGGAACUAUCAGACAAAAAGAUUGCAGAAAAUUUAUGACAGCUUAACUGAUCUCAUGUUUUGGAGAUUGACAGUUUAACACGGAAUACUAUGAGUAUUGAACAUUCUGAAAUACAUCUACUGUGUGGCACAGGUACUAGGGAUUACGAGAACCGAGAAUGAUGAAAGAAACAGAUUACUGCAAUCAUGUUUUUGAAAAUCACAAUCAUUUGAGCUCCAGUGAGAAUGAAAAUUGUUCAUCAGACUGGCGAGAACAUUUAAAACAUGUUGAGGAUUUACUACUGAAGCCAGAAGUAGUAAACACCAGGAAGAAAAGAGAAUCAUUCCAGGUACCACGAUGUGAUAACCAGUCCUCAGAUUUUAGAGGAACCCGGGCCAACAAUUUUGAAUAUAACAAGAAGACACGUCAUCAAAACAAUUUUACUCCAAGUGAGAUAAAAUUUGUCGGACGUCAUCAGAAACGUCAUGUGAUGGAAAUGUCGUCACAACCUGAUGCAAAAGCUUGUGGUAAGACCCUUGACGUAGCUUCCGGUAAAGCUGAGAUUUUACAAGAUUUCUAUGGGCAGCCUCAAUUGAGUAAUAAGGAAAAUGGUCGAGCCCGCCAUAGAGGAAAGGAGAAAAAAAUAAGGAAUGAAGAGAAAGAAAUAGGGCGUGAGGCGUCUCAAGAUCUCUCAGGUCACCCUGAGGUAAAUUAUAGAUAUCAGAAAACAGUCGUCACAGGAACCAGAGGCGGCUUUGUGCAUGUGUCAGGGAGUGACGGAGAGUUUAGAGGUACAAAGAAACACAGUUCACCUACUCCAGAUGAUCAGACCCAGAAGACUACAUGCUCAGAACCAACAAGUAAGGACCCCCAGAAAACCAAGAGCAAGAAGCCACGUAGAAAACACAAAAAAGUUAGCAUUGAUGGAAAAGAAACAGAGCAAGGCAUGUCUCAAACUCUAAGUGGCCCUGAUGAGGACUUCAAACGUCCAACAGUCAAAACAGGAGGUAGAGAAGGUUUUGUUCCAAUACCAGAUAGUGGUAGAGAGUUCAGAAGCACAGACAGUUUCCACUCUACAGACGAUCAGAGUCCCUCUCCUGAGUCUGCAAUACCAAAAUCAACUACCAAGAACUCAGAGAAAACCGAUCGUAAAAACUCUUCCAAGCGGAAAAUAGAAAAUCUGAAACGUUCUAAAUUUUACCAAGAAAAAAUAUCAGGAGACAGAACUAAAUUAUUACAAGAAAACGAGUCCCUUCGUGUGGACAUUCCUUUGUACGUUAAGAUCCAUGCACUAUUUGAUGGUAUCGGCAAAGUUGAGGAGGUUCUGAACAAGAAAUUAAAACCUGAAGGAGUCAGUGUUCGACCAGAUGAAACAAACGUGAAGAAAUUUAAUUCGUGCACUUACUGCACAAUAUACUGUCUAAACAAAUAUCUUGCCAAAAAGCUGGAAGAGUUCCUGUUAAAGGACAAGGAUAAAUUUACGCCCGCCAUUGAUUGCAGUUUUGUGGAAUAUGAAGAAACAAGCUGUAGACAAAGACGACUGGAAACAGGAAAAACAGAAAGGAACUUUCUAAUAGCGCAAACACGAUGCGAGUUGAAUGCAAAAGCCGAUGCAGUUCUUGCCAAACAUGACCAGAACAUGACAGCAAUGAAAGAGAGCCUGAAUAGUGCAAAGAAAAAACUUUCAAAAGAUGUUAACUGCAAGCAAAAAGAAAGCGAAGUAGCUGUCUUGGAGGAAAGAAUAGUAGAAAUGGAAAGACAGAAGGCUGAGUUUAUGAAUUCUCGGACUGCUUUCGCCAAAAAUUUGGAAAGUCUUCUUGAAGGAGAUACAUUUGAGAAAGAGAGGCGAGACCUACUGAAACAGUAUGGCGUGGAAUGCUGCCGACUGGAGAAGCCUCUUCCCAUGUAUGCAAGGCGGAGAGACAUUGUGGAUCUAGUUGCCAAUAACCAGGUAUCCGUUAUCCUGGGGGAGACUGGAUCAGGCAAAAGUACGCAGAUGGUCCAAUACCUCAUGGAAGCAGGGUUCGCAAAGACAGGCUUCAUAGCUUCCACGCAGCCUCGCAAGAUUGCCGCCAUCUCGCUCGCCAUCCGCGUGGCAGAAGAACUUGCCUCCCAAACUGGAAAAGUGGUCGGCUACAAAGUAGGCAGCAAGUCUCGACAUUGCAGCGAUACCAAAAUUAUCUUCAUGACGGACCUGACCUUGCUUAACGAGUGUCUUAAAGAUCCAGAAUUUUCGCAGUAUUCUUGCAUAUUAGUGGACGAGGCUCACGAGAGAAGCCUGUACACUGACCUCUUGCUGACCAUGAUUAAGAGAUGCCUACCCCGGAGACCUGAUUUACGGGUUGUUAUUACUUCGGCAACCAUUGACCCGGAGGUGUUUGUCGCUUUUUUUGGAAACUGCCCAGUUCUGACAGUCUCUGGGCGCACAUACCCUGUGGAGGUCAUCUGGCAAGAUGACGUCGUAGAGGAGUACGCGUUUGACAAUUAUGUUGAAGAAGCUGCCAAGAAAGCCGUAGACAUUCAUCUGGGAAAGGAACCCGGCGACAUUCUGGUGUUUCUCACGUCAAUGGUGGAGACGGAGAAGUGCUGUAGGUUCUUUCAGCAGAAAAUGGGUCAAAGAAAUGAUUAUAAGUGCUUUCAGCUACACGGAAAAUUGCCACCAGACGAGCAGCGGGUAGUGUUUCAACCUCUUGGCAAGGACCAGAGAAAAAUUAUCUUUGCCACUAACUUUGCAGAAACAUCCAUCACCAUUGAUGGUAUAAGGUUUGUAGUUGAUACCGGGGUUGCCAAAGAGAUGUCUUUUGAUCCAAAAAAGAACAUGAACUGUCUUGUUGUCAGUCCAGUCAGCAAAAGUUCCGCAGAGCAACGGAAAGGUCGCGCUGGUCGAACGGCUCCUGGUAAGUGCUACAGGCUAUAUUCUAAACGCAGCUUCAGGGCCAUGAAGCCAGCUAGCUUGCCAGAAAUCCUAAGAACUCAUGUAGGCCAGGCCAUUUUGAAGCUGGCAGACUUUGGCAUAGGUCCAGAUAUGUACGACUUUGUGGAGUCGCCAAGCGAAGAUGCAAUCACUCAGGCCCAGACUUCUCUCGUGCGCCUAGGUGCCUUGGCAAAAGAUGGCACGAUCACGGAAGAAGGCAAGUGGAUUGCUAGGUUACCGUUUGAUCCAAAACUGGGACUGCUGACGUCACUGGGCAAAAAAUCCAACCUUCUGUUCGACUCUGUUGUUUUGUCUGCAGUCAUGAACGCUGAUGGCAACGUCUUCUAUCGAGGAACGACUGCCGAGAAACAGGCAAAGCAUGACAAAGCAAAGGUCAAGUUCAGUGAAAGUGGUGGUGAUUGUUUAACCGCUUUAAGCGUGCUUAAGAAAUGGUGGAGCAUCCCCAAGAAUCAGAAGAGUAAAUGGUGCAUGGACAACAGCCUCAACAGCAAAGUCCUGAAUGGCGUCAGCGAAACCGUUGCUGAAAUCUUGCAUACUUUAAAGAAGGAGGUAAACAUUGAGGUUAGGCAGACAUUUUCAAAUUCAGAGAACGCAGAAGAUUUGCUAAGGAGAAUGCUUUUCAAAUGUUACUCUUCAAACCUUUGCCAUUACCUUGGACUAGAGAGAGCAGGCUACUUUGCAGCAGAGCUUUCAAGACAAGUUCAUGUACAUCCAUCAUCAUGCAUGAAUGUUCUGGCUAUGUCUCCAGAAUGGGUUGUCUACAAUCAGGUUUUAAAAACAUCGAGGGACUUCAUCACAGGUUUGACAGUAGUCGAGGAAUCAUGGCUUUAUGACGACGACAACAGCCUCGGCUUUGAAGUGGAGGAAAUCCGCAAGAAGAAAGUGACGAACAUUUUCACACAGGCGGCGGGAUCUCAUGUUUUCUUCUCCCUGAUAGGUCCUCACUAUUGCAAGCUUGCAGAAUACGAAGAAAUGGCUUCUUCAGAAGCCUCUACCGUUGUCGUUGUGGAAGCAUCCAGGGAGAAAGGAGAGGUCAAAGUGUAUUCAACAGGAGGCGAUGUUUGCACUCUCGUCAAUAGGCUGAAAGAGACUGCUGAAAAGUCCGCGCAAGAACUGGUCGACGAAGACAUGGAACUUACUGUUGGAAAAGAGACAUCCGGUCUACGUGUGAUACUUGGGCGUGGCGGAGAAGUCAAGGACCUGAUGAUGCCAGAAGAGAGCAGGAAAGUUUUCAUCAGCAAGCCCUCAGAUACAACAUCAGAGGAUAGUCUUAGAGCCAAAUUUAGCGAAGUUGGAGAAAUUAAAUUUUGCAAAAAGUUCGACAGAGGAAAAAAUUGGGGAUUGUUGAUUUUCCGAACGAGAGAAGAGGCCAAGAUGGCGGAAGAGAUGUCAAAGAACGACAAGUACGAUGUCGCUAGAGUCGAAUGGCGACCUGCAGUGAAAUAUCAAGCCAACCUGAAAGCUCGUCUAAAAUGGUGUCGCAGACCACUUAGUGGCACAGGAUGUAUCAGCGUGUCGCCGGCAUACCUGGCCGAUGUUUGUCGCCUGAAGUCAUUUUAUGUAGAAAAUGAUCUUGUGAAGAUCAGACUAGACAAAAAAAAGGAUGACUCUUUUUAUAUUUCUGACCUUAAGCCAAGCGCAACCAAGGAACUGGUAGAAGGCUGCUUGCUGCAUGCAUUGGGUUUACCGCCUGACAAGAAAGGCAUCGUGGAGGACACGUUUUUACAUCGAAGGAAUGUUGAAAAGACUAGCGAGAGGGAACGAAACAGGCUUCGGACAGAAAUAAAGAACGCGUUUCAAGACCACUUGAAAUUUUCAGACGUCGAGGUUAAAGUUAAGCCACCAAAUGACAAAGACUAAUUUUUCUUUGCUGAAGCAUUUUUUACGGAUCCCAUCGAAGGAGUCAGUGCGUGCACAUCUUUAGGCAGACAUUUUGAAUUGAUUGGUUCCCGUGUGGAGAUUGUUCCGGACAUCUCUGCCAAUCUUAUCGUACAGAAGCGCAUCGUAGAUGUCUGUGGAUCGGAAAUAGAUAAAGUGGUAGAAAUGCUGUCAACCGAUGAGAUCAACGUUAAACUGAGUCCACUGGGCAGCAGCAACAUGGUGAAAGUGGCAGUGACAGCUUUCGACGUGGAGGGUGUGGUCCGAGCCAGGACCUGUCUGAACCAAGUCUUCAAAGGAGACGUGCUGCAGUGCUCGGCCACCCCCGUGCUGAUGCACCUUCUGGCUCCAGCAGGCCGGGCGUUCCUGAGGCGGGCCGAGAAAGAAGUCGAGGCUUUUGUCAGCGUAGACAACAGACUUCGCACCGUCUCCGUGUAUGGCAGCGAGUCUGCGUGCACGCGCAUGAGGACAAAGAUGAACGAGUACAUUGAACAGCUGCUGACCGGAACUUCCGCCGAGGUGUGCCUGAAAGGCGCGGACAAGCCUCCAGGUCUCCUGAAGACCCUCAUCAUGCGGCACGGCGAGGACGCGGAAGGAUUUCGCAUUGUUGCUGGCUUGCGAUCUGUCGUAUUGGAUUACAGGCGUCACGAGGUCAAGAUGAUCGGGUCAGUGGAGAGUGUGGAGACGGCCCAGACCAUGAUCGACGAACUAGCAGAAGAAGUGCGUCAAAAGAUGCGGCUUCCCAAACCAGAAGCAAGCUGCCCAGAGUGCGUAGCUUGCUUUUGCCCGAUCGAGAAAGGCGAUCUCUACCGGUUGGAGUACUGUGCACAUCCCUACUGCCGCGACUGCAUCAAGCGCCAGGUCAAAGUCGCUAUUGCCGACCACAGCUUCCCCGUGCUGUGCAGCCAGGAGGGUUGUGAGCGGCCGCUGGUCUGGCGAGACUUCAAGAGCCUGGUUCACCGCGGAGCCUUCAGCUUCUCCACGCUCACUUCCGCCGCUCUCUCCUCUUUCACGAUGAUUCAGAGGAACGCUGUGCGGUUCUGCACGACCCCCGACUGCCCCAUGGUGUACCGCGUGACCCCCGAGGAAGGAGCCGUGGUGUUCCAGUGUCCGGAGUGCAGUGUCCGGAUCUGUAGCGCGUGCCACAGCCAGGCUCACGAUGGCGUGACGUGCGCGAUGCUGCGCAGCGCCAAGAACCAGGAGGAGGACAUAGAGAAGUGGGCCAGCCUCGACCCACACAGACGCAAGGCAUGUCCCACUUGCAAGAUGCCAAUUGAGAAGAUUGAAGGCUGCAACAAGAUGGUGUGUCAAGCAUGCAAAACGAUAUUUUGCUGGCUCUGCAGGAAAGUUUAUCCGUCUUAUGAAACCUGCUACGCUCAUCUCAAACGUAGGCAUGGAGGCUUUUGGAACAACGAGGCGGACCUCCUGUACAAUGACAAUUAGAUUAAUACAUAUCAACAGAGGAGGAUUGAAAUUUGAGGAUAAAACUUGUCUCUGAAAUGUUAUUUCACAUUUGAACACAUACGCACGCAAACAUAGUUUAAAAAUUUUUUAAAUUAGUUUUUUUAUUUUGCUUUUCUUCGUCGCUUUGUGAUUCCUAUUGAUUGGCAAAUUCGUAUUGGGAGAUAAUGCUUUAAUGUUUGAAACAAAUAAAAUUAAGGACAAAUCUGCUUCAAAUCGACCGAGAGAUCUCGAUGACUGCUUCACAUUUGUUAGCUGGAUUUAUUUAUUCUUAAUUUCAUUUUAAUGAUUUUCGAAAUGUUUGGCAUCUGCGAUGAUUUAUUAUUGUUUGCGAUCCCUGAUCUCUUUUUGGUUGUGUACAUUAUAUUAGACAUUGGAUUUUUUUUCCUAAAGUGGAAUGCUUUUCUCCCUUGUUUUGAAACGUUGUUUAUGAUGAUUAUUAUUUUAAUCUUAUUGAUGUUAGUAUUACUGAGCAAAGUUUUUCGCUAUUUUAGCAUUCGUUACUUGCAGUGUUCCAUAUGCUGUAAAUCCUAAUGCCAACAGGCAAACUUAUUUCUGUAAACUGCUUAAGUGAUGUCAAACAAACUAAAUAUGUUCAUGUCAUAAAAUGUUUGUAACAAUCAAAUUUUAGAAACAGCUGCCCACAUAAUAACAAUAAUAGCAUUUGUAUACAGUUUUUGUGUGCGAUCCCUUUUCUAGGGAUCAGACAAACAAAUUAAAAAUAUGCAGGCACUUCCUUAAAUUAAUGCUUUGCAAUCUCGUUUUCUUUCUUCCUGAAAGUGAUCUAGUAAUCAUGAUAUUUUAUUCUUUGGCCCAAAGGUGGGCACUGAAAAUUUAAAAAAGUCUGAAAAGAUAAUCCAGUGACGAGUAAUCUAUUAUCUGUAUUCAUCAUUAAUAAUUAAAUGUCAAUGUUCUU